AUGAAGCGAAAUAAGUUUUCUAUCCAACAUAUUAUCUGUCCAUUAUCUUUAUCUAUAUAUCUAUCAUUCUAUCUCAGUUUGUUCAUUAUCUAUCUCAAUUUGUUGCUUAUCUAUCUAUCUAUCUAUCUAUCUAUCUCAGUCUGUUUCUUAUCUAUCUAUCUAUCUAUCUAUCUAUCUAUCUAUCUCAGUAUGUUUCCUAUCUAUCUAUCUAUCUCAGACUGUUUCUUAUCCUUAUCUAUAUAUCUAUCAUUCUAUCUCAGUUUGUUCCUUAUCUAUCUCAAUGUGUUGCUUAUCUAUCUAUCUAAGUAUGUUUCCUAUCUAUCUAUCUAUCUAUCUCAGUCUGUUUCUUAUCUAUCUAUCUAUCUAUCUAUCUAUCUAAGUAUGUUUCCUAUCUAUCUAUCUAUCUAUCUAUCUAUCUAUCAAUCUAUCUCAGUAUGUUUCUUAUCUAUCUAUCUAUCUAUCUAUCUAUCUAUCUAUCUCACUAUCUAUCUCAGUAUGUUUCUCAUCUAUCUAUCUAUCUAUCUAUCUAUCUAUCUAUCUAUCUAUCUAUCUAAGUAUGUUUCCUAUCUAUCUAUCUAUCUAUCUAUCUAUCUAUCUAUCUCAGUAUGUUUCUUAUCUAUCUAUCUAUCUAUCUAUCUAUCUCAGACUGUUUCUUAUCCUUAUCUAUAUAUCUAUCAUUCUAUCUCCGUUUGUUCCUUAUCUAUCUCAAUUUGUUGCUUAUCUAUCUAUCUAUCUAAGUAUGUUUCCUAUCUAUCUAUCUAUCUAUCUCAGUAUGUUUCUUAUAUAUCUAUCUAUCUAUCUAAGUAUGUUUCCUAUCUAUCUAUCUAUCUAUCUAUCUAUCUAUCUCAGUAUGUUUCUUAUCUAUCUAUCUAUCUAUCUAUCUCAGUAUGUUUCUUAUCUAUCUAUCUAUCUAUCUAUCUAUCUAAGUAUGUUUCCUAUCUAUCUAUCUAUCUAUCUAUCUAUCUAUCUAUCUAUCUAUCUAUCUAUCUAUCUCAGUCUGUUUCUUAUCUAUCUAUCUAUCUAUCUAUCUAUCUAUCUAUCUAUCUCAGACUGUUUCUUAUCCUUAUCUAUAUAUCUAUCAUUCUAUCUCCGUUUGUUCCUUAUCUAUCUCAAUUUGUUGCUUAUCUAUCUAUCUAUCUAUCUAUCUAUCUAUCUAUCUAUCUAUCUCAGUAUGUUUCUUAUCUAUCUAUCUAUCUAUCUAUCUCAGUCUGUUUCUUAUCCUUAUCUAUAUAUCUAUCAUUCUAUCUCAGUUUGUUCCUUAUCUAUCUCAAUGUGUUGCUUAUCUAUCUAUCUAUCUAUCUAUCUAUCUCAGUAUGUUUCUUAUCUAUCUAUCUAUCUAUCUAUCUAUCUAUCUAUCUAUCUAUCUAUCUCAGUAUGUUUCUUAUCUAUCUAUCUAUCUAUCAUCUAUCUAUCUAUCUAUCUAUCUAUCUAUCUCAGUAUGUUUCUUAUCUAUCUAUCUUUCUAUCUAUCUACCUCAAUUUUUCAUAUCUAUCUAAGCCUGUUCAUAUCUAUUUAUCUCUCAGUAUUUUCCAAUCUAUCUAUCUAUCUAUAUAUAUAUAUAUAUAUAUAUAUAUAUAUAUAUCAAUCUGUUCGUAUCUAUCGAUCUUUCUCAAUCUGUUCAUAUCUAUCUAUCUAUCUAUCUAUCUAUCUAUCUAUCUCUUCCAGUGUGUUCAUACUUUUACACCUCUCUCGAUAUCAGUCUGUUCGUAUCUUUCUAUCUACCUCAGUCUGCUCAUAUCGUUCUAUCUGUCCGUUUAUAUAUUUCUAUCUGUCUGUUCAUAUCUAUCCAUCUAUCUCUCAGGCUCUUCUUAUCUAUCUAUCUAUCUAUCUAUCUAUCUAUCUAUCUAUCUAUCUAUCUCUCACUAUAUAUAUAUUUCAGUCUGUUCAUAUCUACUUAUCUAUCUGUUUAUCUAUUUCAUAUAUCCAUUUCUUUUUUCUUUUUUUUUCAUUUUAAAUAUCCGCCAGUUUCUCUUUACUAAAAUGCAUUUUUGUAUCUAUUCGUCCUCUUUCUUCCGUCUCUCUUUUAUAGCAUUCUUUCUUUUCUUUUCAUUCUCUAAGCUCUGUACUCAAUUUUUCCUGUACGUUCGUAGAAAUACAACGUUAGAAAUGGGAUUGUCAGUAAUAAACAAGAAAGGCAAAUAA